AUGGAUAAAUUGUAUAGUUUUAAAGCUAAGUCUUAAGUUGGCCAUAUUAAAUAAGUGAUUAAUUAGGACUAGAAACUAUAAUUUUACAGCGAAGAGGAAGGGGAAAGUACAAACUCCUAAGAUAAUACGCCUAAAACAAAUGUAAAAACAAAAGUGAAAUCACCAAUUUAACAAACUGGGUAUUAAACAGAUGAUUCAGACUCUGGAACACCCAAAAACCAAAAACAAAGAAGUAAGCAACCACAAGCUGCUAAGAUGUCGAGGUUCAGCAAUUUAGUAAAUACCAAGAAAAUUGAUGGGGAUGUUGAGAUCGAACCGGAGUUUAGUGAUAACGAAAAAAAGCAAUAGCCUGUUUAAGUGCAAUAGCAAGAGGGGAAUUAUAACAUCGAGGAAUAAGCUUAAAGAAUCCAAUAAAAACUAACUCAACAACCAUAAAACCCAAAGCUAAAUAAAACGAAACAAGCUGUCUCGAUGCAGAAUUUAAAUGCUAAUUCUGAUAAUGAGUAAAGUAAGAAGAAUUCACAAAACAAUGGAAAAGAUAAAUUGAGCAACCAUCCCUUCAGACACCUCAUCUUUGGUCCAAAUAUCAACGAAUAAGCAUUCAAAAAACAUCUGAUUCUAACCCAACGAGGUUUAAUUUAUGCAAGAAAGUGUUUGAAAGGCCCCUCCGAUAAAUUUAUACAAUCAAAGAAGGUGUAACUUUCAGAGGCUUAUCCUAAGAAGGAUCGGGCUCUGAUUCUAGAUUUAGAUGAAACCUUGAUUCAUUCAUGCGCGCAAAGAGAAAAUCCAUAAGUCUACGUGACUGCUGUUGGAGAUUUCGGAGAAGAAGCCAAAAUUGGGAUCAAUAUUCGGCCAUAUACUUCGCUGUUUCUUUAAUAACUGUCUCAAUAUUAUACAAUUUAUAUUUACACUGCUUCAUCUCAAGCAUAUGCUCAAGCCAUUAUUAAUUAUUUGGAUCCAACCAAACAAUACAUAUCGGGAAUUAUGACACGAAACAAUUGUAUGGAAACCAAAAAUGGCUUCUUUAUUAAGGAUCUUAGACUAAUAAGCAACAAAGAACUUAAAGACAUGCUCAUUGUAGACAACUUGGCUCACUCUUUUGGGUUUCAGAUUGAAAACGGAAUCCCUAUUCUGGAAUGGCAUAAUGAUUAAAAUGAUCAAGAAUUAAAAUAUCUAAUAGAAUACUUGGUGUAAGCCUCUAAUUUUCCAGAUCUUAGAGAAUAUAACAUAAAAAAGUUAAGACUAGAUGAUUUAAUGGAAUUUCAUAUUGAAGAAUGA